AUAAAAGGAGACACGUGUAAGAUGGUGGGCAAGACAAAACGUGUUUUUUCUUUUUCCCUUUUUUCUUUCUCGAUUCUUUCUUCUUUCUCUUGUUCUCUCCGGCAUCUCUCUACGAUUCUUCAACAUCUCAGAAGACAACGAUGGUUUGUUCUUCGUCUUGUCUUUGUCGAUCGAUUGAAGAUCGGAAUUGAUGGUUUGUUCUUCGUUUUCUCUUCGUCUUCUCUUGGUCAAUUGAUGGAAGAUGAGAGUUGAUGGUUUGUUCUUACUCUUCUCUUCGUCGAUGGUUUGUUUGAGGCAGAGUUUGUCGAUUGAUGGAAGAUCAGAGUCAUGCAUGAAGAAAGGGCAAGUUGAGAUUUAACGAUCACAAGAAGAAUCAAGUCUUCUUCAAUAAAGUUAGGUUGUGGUUAGGACAGUGUGCUUGCUUACUCCAUAAUAUGAUUGUAGAAGACGAAAGAGAUGGAUACACCCAUCUCAAUGUUUCAGAGUUCCAACAUGGAGAAGACGCCGGAAGUUCACAUGUCGAUCUCACGUAUUCUACAGAUAUGCCUUCAAAUAUCGCCAAUAUGAUGGGUGUUCGAACUCGAAUUCGUGAUAAACAAAUGCAUCAACGCCUGAAAGCUGAUUUGGUUGAACAUAUAUGGCGUAAAUUUGGAGGUGAUGAAGACAACAACUGAGCUCCGACUAGUGUUUCAAAUUAUUGUCGUUUAUUUUAGUAAUCUUUGUUUUAAUGUUUUUAUUUAAAAUCCUAUGUCGAAAAUGUUAUCUUUUAAUAUGUUUUAUUUAAUAAAUAAAUUUUAUCUUAAAAAUAAAUUAAUAAUUUUUUUUUAAGAACCGUUAGUUAAGAAACUACCAUUGGAGAUACAAAACCAUAGAGUUUCUUAACUACAUUUCUUAACUCCACUAACUACACUUAUAUAAUUAAAUAAUCAUUUAGAAACUCAUUAGUGUUUCUAUGGAUAAAGAUGCUCUCACAUGUUGAGAUGUUUCCUCACGGAUAUGCCAAAGCUAGUUAAAAACUUUAAAUGAAAGGAUUGGUGCAUGAACAAUGAAGAACAAAAGUGGGAGCAUAUCUUUUUGCUAAGUGUAUUUUGACAAAACUAUUCAACCAAUCCCACAUUUCUUCUGACCUUAUGCCGUGGAAAAUGCUAUGCUAGACUACACCCACCACCACAAUAUUUGAUGCUUACGUGCCACAUUUUCAUCAUUGCUAAGAAAUAAAAACAAACUCUAACACGACUUGUUGAAUAGUCCAUCGACUAGUUUACAAAGAAAUAAUAACGUUGAAUAUUUGCCUCGCAACUCACUGGAUAAGAACAAGUCUUUUGAGUAUAGUCCAUUCAAACGUUUCCAUUAUAUAAGCAUUGACGUCAACAUUCUGAAGAUUAAAAAGUAAAUAUGAAUGAAAAAACCCUAUGUUUAUAUAUAAUUUGUCUCAACCAAAACAAGUUUAGAUUUUUGGAUCAAUGAAAAGUUCAUGAUUUUUUUAGAAAAAAUGUGUAAUUUUAGUAAUUUUAUGGUAAAAAUUAUUGUCGACUAAAGUUACACCUAAUUUAGGUCGGUCAACACAAGUUCAUAUAUUUUCUAGAUUAAUAAGGAAUCCAUAUUUUUUUGGCAAAAUGUAUAAAUUCAUUAUUUAUUUGACUGUUUUCUCCAAAGAAAAGUUACAGUUUAUACUAAACAUAAUAUUGUAGCAGGAGUCCACAAAGUUUAGUUCUGUUCAGUUAUUGAUUGUAUUUUGAUGGAAAAAAUAAAAUGGAAUUAGUUUCAAACUUACAUUUUAUAUCCUCCUCCUAUAUAAGAACCUCUCAAAUACAUCAUCAGUCCCAAAACUCUCUAUUUAAAGCUUUUAUAUACAACUAUCUAGUAAGAGCUCUUUUGGUGUCACGAAGCUGCACAAACCACACUUGAAAGAAAAAUGGAAGCAACCACAUUAAUUACCCAUGUGACGACCAAUAACACUAAUAACACCAGCAUUCAUGGACCGGUCGUAGAAGAAGUGGAAGGCCUUAUUAGAGUCUACAAAGACGGCCACGUCGAACGAUCUCAGUUCGUGCCGUGUGUGGAUCCCUCACUACCCCUCGAGCUUGGUGUGGCUUGCUCUGAUGUUCACAUAGACAAGUUGACAAACGUAUGGGGACGUCUCUAUGUCCCAACGGUGACCAACUCUACGUCGGUCUCUAAGCUCCCUUUGAUUGUCUACUUCCACGGUGGAGGUUUCUGCGCCGGCUCGGCUUAUUGGUCGUGUUACCACCAGUUCUUGGGCCGAUUGUCUGCUAAGUCACGGUGUCUGGUCAUGCAUGUAAACUACCGUUUAGCCCCUGAGAAUCCUCUUCCGGCAGCAUACGAAGAUGGAGUCAAUGCCAUUCUUUGGCUCAAGAAAACAAGAAACGAUAACUUGUGGUCCAAGCAAUGUGACUUUGGAAGUAUAUUCUUGGCGGGAGACAGCGCCGGAGGCAACAUCGCCAACCAUGUCGCCGGGAGAUUAGCAGCCGCUGACGCUCUUAUAAAGCCACUGAAGAUAGAAGGAACGAUCUUGAUCCAGCCUUUCUUCGGCGGGGAGGCGCGUACCGAGACCGAGAGGCGCGUGGAGAACAACACGGAGAGCUCAGUGCUGACACUUGCGUCUUCAGACACGUGGUGGAGACUGACAUUGCCACGUGAAGCAAACAGAGAGCAUCCGUAUUGUAAACCGGUGAAGAUCACGACGCGGACGCUGGUUUGUGUGGCGGAGAUGGAUGUGCUGAUGGAUAGGGCGAUGGAGAUGUGCGAUAGUGAUAAGAAAAUGAUCAGGUGUGUGGUGUACAAAGGCGUUGGACAUGCGUUUCAGGUUCUUGGUGAGUCCCAGCUUGCUAACACGUUGACUCUUCAAAUGUUGUGCGACAUCGAUGCUUUCAUCCACCACUCUGAACCUUUAAAUUAGUUGUGUAUGCGUAAAUUGUUUAUGGUAGCACUUCUAUAUUUGAAUCUUAGAUACUAAAAAUUUAUAGGAAUUAAGAUAACUUGAUAAUAACCUGCGUUCUGCAGGAUAAAGCAUAUAUUUGAUUUUAAAAUUACAGAAAAAAACUAAAAUUUAAAUGUCUAGAGGUUUGGAAAAAUAUUCAGAGCACAAUUAUGUAAACAGUAUUUUUUAGUUUUUAUGUGUUCGUGUUGUUGCGUGCAUGAACUAGGCCAAAAAAUUAUCUUACGGUGAGUUGAGGGAAGAUGACCCAUAAUUUGAGUUCAUGCUAAAAUUUGAGACCAAAGUUAAGUUUGUAACUAAUUAAUAACUUAUUUGAAAAUUCAGUUACAAUAAAAAAAAACUCAUU